CGAGAAGAGUAUCGCAAGGAUGCUGAAAGCUCGCCACCACCGGUUAAGAUUUCGAAGCGCGAUAAGGAACGCGAACGCGAUCGUGAGCGUCGAGAGCGUCGCGAAAGGGAUCGCGACCGGGAGGAACGUGAACGAGGAUCUAUGUAUAUCUCGUAUUGUUUUUGUUUCUCUCUCUCUCUCUCUUUCUAUCUUUCUCUAUUUCUCUUUUUGUUCCAUCCACCUUCUUGCGUGUGCCGCCCAAAGGCGCAAAACCGCGCUUUCUAUGCAAAACAUACCGCCCAAAGAACGAUAUACAAGCAAUCCGCUACUACUACUACUACUAUCACCACGAAAAAAAAAAACAACUAUUGUUCCUUCGUCAUCAUGAUACAUUUUGAUUGUUUGCAAUGCAAGAGCCCAACAAUGAAUCCGUUGGCCUGUCUACUACCACCAACACCUAGUGUGCCUACUGCUAUAUCUCCACUACUACUGCUACUACCAUCACCAUCAACCACUACUACUACUACUACUACUACUACUGCCCACGCAUAAUCCAAAGUUCGUUUCGUUCGUCCUUUUGAUGAUUUUUGCAUCACACGUACAUCACGCCUCGAUGCGUGUACUGCGCGUGGUCGCGAUUGGUUGGUAACAAGAACUCGAAAUCGCGCCCCCGCUCUCUGAACAGUCCGUAGCGUGCUAAUGAACAGAAAUGAACCUAAAGGUUGUAUCCUGUACACACACACACACACACAUUCACAGCACAUGGCGCGAAAUGUAUGAACAGGUGUGAACUUGUGUGUGCACAGCCUCACGCGCAAGUUGACUCCCCUCCCCCCUACAGAUCCAUGGAAGAGAACCGAAAAUUCUACCGUACAUCGCGCAGCCGGUGUACGAUCUGCGGCAGAUCGGCGAUGUGGCGUUCGGACCGGGCACGCGUUCCGCCCUGCUCGGGAUAUUGGGUGGCGCAUUGCCCCGGCUGACAACGGAGCAGAUCGAGCUAGUGUCGCGCGCCAAGAAGUACGCCAUGGAGCAGAGCAUCAAGAUGGUGCUGAUGAAGCAAACGUUGGCCCAUCAGCAGCAGCAGCUGGCCAGCCAGCGCACGCAAGUGCAGCGCCAGCAAGCACUGGCUCUUAUGUGUCGUGUGUACGUUGGCAGUAUUUCCUUCGAGCUGAAGGAGGACACCAUCCGUGCGGCUUUCCUACCAUUUGGACCGAUUAAAUCGAUCAACAUGUCCUGGGAUCCGUUCACGCAGAAGCACAAAGGGUUCGCGUUUGUCGAGUACGAAAUACCGGAAGGGGCGCAGCUAGCGCUGGAGCAGAUGAACGGCGCUAUGCUCGGUGGGCGCAACAUUAAGGUUGGCCGUCCAAGCAAUAUGCCGCAGGCACAGCAGGUGAUCGAUGAGAUUCAGGAGGAGGCAAAAAGUUACAAUCGCAUCUACAUCGCUUCGAUCCAUCCGGAUCUGACGGAGGAGGACAUCAAGAGUGUGUUUGAAGCGUUUGGGCCCAUCAUGACGUGCAAGAUGUCGCAGGGCAAUGCCGUACAUACGCACAAAGGGUACGGGUUCAUCGAGUAUCAGACGAACCAGUCGGCGAUUGAAGCGAUAGCCAGUAUGAAUUUGUUUGAUCUGGGCGGACAGCUGUUAAGGGUUGGUCGAUCAAUUACCCCACCGAACGCACUAAUGGGACCAGCGGCAAACUCGGCCAUGCCUACGGCGGCAGCCGUGGCGGCCGCUGCUGCUACAGCCAAAAUACAAGCGAUGGAUGCCGUGGCCACUAAUGCGGUGCUGGGACUGUCCGCCACUACGCCAGCGCUCAAGGUGGGUCUCACCGGCCUUCCGCUUAAUCCAGCCAUCACGACGGCAGCCAGCGCAGGGUUCGUCGCACAAGCACAGUUGGCCGCCGCGACACAGGCCGCCGCCGCCAUCAACAGUCAGCCGGGUUUGCUGGUGCCGCCCGUUUCGCUUGCGCCCUCGCUGCUGGUAAAUCCGGUGCUCGGUGCCGCAGCCAAACCUCUCCCCACAGUAUUGAGCCAAGCGAAUCCGGCAGCAGUGGCAGCGGCGGCGGCCGCGGCAGCAGCAGCAGCAGCCGCGGCGGCUGCCGCUCCCAACGCAACCGCCGAGGAUGUGUACAAGAAGGCACAGGAGAAGCAGCAGGAAGAGUUGCAGAAAAAGUUGCUCGAGGAGGGUGAACCACAGACAUUGCAGCAGCAGGAAUCGAUGUCGAUCAAGGGCCAGAGCGCUCGGCAUCUGGUAAUGCAGCGGCUAAUGCGGCCGCGCGAAAGCAAGGUGGUGAUACUGCGCAACAUGGUCGGACCGGAGGACGUGGACGAGACGCUGCAGGAGGAGAUUCAAGAUGAGUGUAGCAAGUAUGGUGCCGUGGACCGGGUUAUUAUCUACAAGGAGCGCCAAUCGGAGGGCAACUUCGCCGAGGACGACAAUACGGACGUGAUCGUAAAGAUCUUCGUCGAGUUCUCGCAGGCCACCGAAGCAGAUAGAGCCCGCGAGUCACUGAACGGUCGCUAUUUCGGCGGCCGGUUGGUCAAGGCGGAGUCUUACGAUCAAGCUCUCUUUGACCACGGCGAUUUGUCUGGCUAAACCGAUGGGGUGGGGGGCGUGUGGGCGAGAGAAUACCAUCCCGCAUUUUAUUGCCGCUCUCGCAGCACGAUGAUGAUCCGUGCAUCGGCUUGCGAAGCG